GCAACGGAGAUCUUGGGAUAGAGGAAUUCUGAACACAUAGAAUAUGUCUGAAGUACUUACGACGCAGUUUUGUAGUCUCGUUGGAAUAAGCUUGAACUGAGCGCACUUUUCGACACGUGACGGACACGGAGAACACACGACACAUCCGUCCAAAACACCAACAGCCUCUCACCUGGAACAUUGUCACAGCCAUAUGCGAGCGGAAGCCUCGCAAACGCAACGAUGUGCUUAUCAAACGCAGAACAAGACCUAUCAGGGGUUGCCGUCCUCCAUGUACAUGUCCCGAAACAAGCUAGCAAGGAAGCUACUCAUUCAUGACGAAGGGCAUCCUCGACUUCGCAUAUGGGGUGCCUUAUGAUAUACUUAUUUGCUGCUUUCGAAACAAGGAGUUGUAGUGCGAGAGAAAGGACGGGAUCUGAUGAAGGGCGGUGGCAUCUGAAUUCAAUAGUUCUGGACCAAAGCUAUUUACUCCAGCGAGAUCCACGAAUCGGAUGCACUAACACCAUACAUGAACGUCGGACGUGCCAUAGAUUGUACGUUGAGAUCUCAACGUGCGAUCGCCGAUCAUUGCAAGACGACGCUGGAGAACUGCUUCACGGUCACACAUUGUAGCGCUGAUUUGGGGGUAGAAAGAACAACUAUCUGAUUCAUUCAUCUGCUGGAGAGACUAGCUCUACGAAUAUAAUUGUUCCUAGCCAUGCCAACACGACGCUCCCAGUUGUCCCACAACUCCAAUUCAAGCUUGCAUCAGCACCAGCAGAAUUUCUCAUUAUACGCCCACUCUACAUUCCCCGUCACUCCAGGUCCAUACCACACUAUCUGUGGCAAAUGUUCAUUCCGCUCAAACGACCGCCCGCC